AUGGGUCUGAUCAGCAAAGAAGAAAUCAGCAAAAGCAGAAGAUACUCUUCCUCUCUCUGGAGAGUAAUAAAAACGAUCUUCGUUCUCUUCACUAUGUUCAUCUCUUUCAUCCUCUUCUCUGCUCCGAUCUUCCUCGCCGUCGCCGACGCCGUUCUUCCCUCAGCAAUCCUCUCCUCCUCCUCCUCCUCUAUACACCGUCUCUCUCCUUCUAGUUUUCCGGCGACGAUUUCUUCUCACCUCAGCAACUACGAUUUCCGAUACUCUCUCAUCGAUAUUCCUCUCAUCUCCAUCAUUAGAUCUGCCAUUAUACUCUGUGUUUACGGGCUCUGUGACGGACCGAAACUAUCAAGGGGUCCAUAUCUGAUGAUAACGAUGAUUUGCUCUGUUUCGUCUUUGAUAUACGUAUCUUUCAAAGCAGCGGUUGUAUUCGGCGAGCCAGUGGUCGGAGGAUAUUUCAGAACAGAGGAAGUGGCUCUGUUUGUCUGUUCGUGGAUCCUAGCCAUCGGUCACAUCGUUGUGGCGUACCGAACAAGUUGUAGAGAGAGAAGAAAACUCCUCGUCUUCAAAAUCGAUAUUGAAUCCGUUUCGGCUUGUAAAAAUGUGUUACCCCGAUACCAGAAGAUCCUCCUCCAACAAGAGAGACUCAAAUAG